AUGGAUCCGCCACUUCAGAUUAUCGGCUAUUUCGCCGCUUUAUUGGCUGUCGCUCGUGCCGGGAUCAUUGGUCCAGGUGCAGCUGCAGUAGCCGUCGCGCAACAGCCAGCUGCGACGGUCAUCAGAACCGAAAACCUUGACGCACAUCCGCGGUACAGCUUCGGUUAUAGCGUGGCAGAUGGUCUCACCGGCGACAACAAGGCGCAGGAAGAAACUCGCAACGGCGACGUAGUUCAGGGAAGUUACAGCUUAAUCGAGCCCGACGGUUCCCGGCGCGUCGUCUCUUACGCGGCCGAUCCCAUCAACGGUUUUAACGCGGUCGUACAACGGGACCCAAGCAUCACGCUCAGGACCGCCGCUGUCGCAGCUGCACCGAUCGCUGCUGCAGCGGCGGUACGUCCCGUCGUAGCGCCGGCGUCCCUCAUCACCGCAGCUGCGCCAGCCGUCGUUGCGGUUCGCCCGCAGGCCAUCUUGAGUGUUCCCUUGGUGAGGCAGCCGAUCCACGCCCCGGGAUCCACGGUGGCUGCCACGAACGUCGUAGCCGCGAAUUCGGGCCUGAUAGGUCUGCGACUGGGCGUUAGAUCGGGAUCAGUCUAUGGCACACAUGCCGUCGUCGCGGAUGGUUACGGCAGCGGCAGCGUUGUGAAAAUUCACUAGCAAGCAGCAACUAGCGGCGUUAAAUAAAUAAAUUGGUCUCGCUCACG